AUGUCUAAGCGAAAGCAUGAAGAACUUGAGCAGCCGGGUCUAUAUGGCCAUGGAAGGAAGUGGUUCAGAGGUCCGAUGAUCGGAAAAGGAAGUUCUGGGUCAGUUUAUUUGGCCACUUCGAAGGAACCAAAGUCGAGACUCACCCACUUUCCUGCACAGAUGGCCGUUAAGUCGGCCGAGAUUUCCGACUCCUGUACACUUCAGAAGGAGAGAAUGGUCCUUUCAAAUCUCCAAGGAUGUCCAUAUGUCCGCUGCUGCUACGGUGAAGAGAUUACUUACGGCGAGAGAGGUGAGAUGGUUUAUAACCUCUUGUUGGAGUACGGUUCCGCCGGAACCCUAGCCGAUAUGAUUAAGAAAACAGGCAGGACAGGAUUGCCUGAAUCCGACGUCCAGCGCUACACAAGGUAUAUUGUUCUGGGUCUCCAAUCUAUUCAUAGAUAUGGCUAUGUUCUUAGAGAUUUAAAGCCAGAAAAUAUCAUACUUUUUCCUAUUACUUCUGCUUCGAAUAGCACUAAGUAUGUGGUGAAGAUUGGUGAUUAUGGAUCGGCAAAGAAGGUUAUGAGUAUGAAAAAGAGGAGAUUAAACCCAUACCUGAGAGGAAAUAUCAAGUAUUUGUCACCAGAGGUCGUUUUUGAUGGAAAACAAGUGCCUCCAGGUGAUAUUUGGGCUCUGGGUUGUUUGGUGGUUGAGAUGCUAACUGGGAAGUCUUUAUGGGACGGGAAAAAAGAUAAAGAGAUUGAGGAUAUUCUCUAUGAAAUAGGUGAGGGACAUGGGCUGAUCAUGUUUGAGGUGAGAGUGAUUGUUCAUCAGAUGAUUCAAGUUUCAUAUCUGAAGAAGAUUGGAUUACGACAGAUAUCACUGAAUCCAACAAAUUAA